AUGUCGGUCACCUACCGUCCAACGGACGCCGCCAGUGUUGCCAUGAACCAACUGCAAGGAGGACAAUACCCGGAAGGGUUCGCAAUCGAAGCCACCAAGCGCCUGCCUGACCCCAACAAAGUGUUCAUCGGGGGACUAUCUGAUGAUACCAGUAAGCAAGCUCUUCUUGAAUACUUGUCUCAGUUUGGUGAGAUAAUGGACUUUAUUAUCAAAAUUAACCGAAACACUGGACUAUCCAGGAGAUUUGGCUUUGUCGUUUUCAAAGACAGUGCUUCCGUGGAGAAGGUCCUCCAAGUAAAAGAGCACAAGCUCGAUGGCAAGAUAAUAUCUCUGAAAAGGGCUAUCGCCAUAGACUCGAACUUCCCCGUGAGGAAGGUUUUUGUAGGUGGGCUGAACCCUGGUAUGCCUGUGCACAAAAUCAGACAGUACUUUGAGACCUUUGGGGUGAUUCAGGAUAUUGAACUACCAGUGUGGCCAAACACAAAUAAAAGGCGAGCUUUUGGCUUUAUCACGUAUAAGCAUGAGAACGCGGCAAGGAAGCUGUUAGACAACAGGUACCACCUCAUUGGUGCCAGGCCGUGUGAAAUUAAAAUUGCACACCCUCAAGAAUAUGGCCGGCCUCGGCUGUUGAAAAGCGUUGCUCCAUUUGCCUGCCGCGUACGUCGCCAAGUAAUAAGGGGCAUCCGUCCAAACCAGGAUGUCUGUGGAGCAAAUCCUGCUGACCUCGGAACAAACCCAGGUGUUCAAGAUGCUAGUGGUGGUGGUGGCCCAGAUGCCGGUGGAGCAAGUUAUUUGGGGGCUUAUCCUGGUGACCUCGGAACCAACCCAGCUGUUCAAGGCACUUCUGGUGGCGGUAGUCUUCUUUCCAUUCUUGUGCCUGUACCGUCCUCACCCUACAACCAAGUGAGAUCUGAUCAAAUAUUUAGCAAUACCAUGAAUGUCUAUAAUAUUCAGCCAAUAUUUAGUGACUAUGGCGGAGGUUUGUUUCCUACGUUCGGCUCUACUGUCAAUAACGUCAACGUGCAAAUAAGCCAGGCUGCUCCUUAUUAUAGUGGUUACCAGGCAAGUUAUCAGCCAUUCUGA